CAAGGAAGCAAAACAGAAGAAUCUCCACCCUCCAAGGAAGAGUGCAUGCCCUCGCGUAGCCGUCUUUGUUCCCGAUGGCCCAUCUGGACCAGGAGCUGUGUGAGGGGAGAACAACCGAAGCCAAGACCGAAAAGGAAAGAGGUGAGGUGAGAAAAAAGGGGGAAGACAACGCAAGAAAGAUAGGUGUCCUCAGAUAUGCAUCACCCAACCAAACCUCUCUCUCUCUCUCUCUCUACCCUGGCUUACCAGAAAUGCCCCUCUGCAGCCAGGAGAACUCCCCACCCGUCUCCGCCAAGCAGGAAGACCGUAACCCCCCUCCUGUUCCCAAUUCAUAUGGGCCUUUUGGUCAUGGUCAGACCUCAGGAGGAGACAGGGGAAGGAAGAAACCCCACCUUUGUUUCUCCACCAUCUCCUCUCUCUUUGCAAAGUUGGAACCUUCUCCCAUCCGGUGCCUUCCAUCUGGGUUUCUCUCCUCUUCUGCCUUCUAAAGGUUCGAUUUUGCGGCCAUGUUGAUGAAGAAGGGGAAGAGAUCGGCCAUGGAGUCUUCUCCGCCAUCCACUUAUUAUCCUGUUAGCCAGGAGGCGAAAACGAGGUUCAGGCACCAGAGUCUCCUGCAGGAUUACGAGAAUCUGCUAAAGGAAACUGAAGCAAAAAGGAGGAAAUUGCAGAAGGUGGAUCAGAAGAAAUUGAAGCUUCUUGCUGAAAUCAAAUUCUUGCAGAGAAAAUAUGAAAGUCUAUCGAUGAAUCCAUCACGAAAAGCUCCACUUAGGCUGAACAAGAAACCACAGAGUAUCUCGUCCCAAUUGUUCAUGAUCGAUCAACCUCCAAAUUCGUCUUUUCAAUUCCCUGCCAAAGACCAGAGUUCCAUAGUCAGAGAUGCUUCUUUCCGAAGCACCCCGGCAGUAAUAGACUUGAACCAGGUUUCCUUGUCAAUUGGUGAAGGUUUGGAUGAACAACAGGUCAGCUUAGGGCCCGCAAAAGCUGAUAAGUUGAGGAAGAGUUUGAUGGAUUGUGAUGAUGUGGCUAAUGAUCUCAAGCCCUUGAUUUGCCGAGAUGUCGGUCGUGGAUCAAACCGGGUGGUGAAGAGAAAGAUCACAUGGCAAGAUCAGGUAGCUUUGAGGGUGUAGGUUAAUCUAUGUCAUAAAGGGUGAAAAGCCAUGCCCUUUAUUGAGAGGUAAGUUCAAAAUAUUAUACCUUAUUAAUGCCACUGGUGUUCCUAGUAUGAAUUUGGUGACUCAAUCAGAAUAAUCAGUUCUACAUAUUUGUCAUUAGAGUUGACAUUAUGAAUGGUGGAAUGUCUUGAUACUCCACAGCAUUAUCCGUUAAAUGGAUCCUAAAGCUACCUCAUCUAGCUAUCUUUCAAUAUGCCCUCAUCAGUCACCUUUGGAUCCAUCAUCAGAGCUUCAAGCAGCUUAUAUAUAAUUUAUCUA